AAUUUGGUGUAACGAAUAUAGGCAUUAUUUUUAUUCUUUGCACAACAUCCACAUAAGGUGCAUUAUGGUUUCCAGUAAAAUUCGGUCAAACUAACGAUACAAGGUUUUGUGGACAAUUUUCAUCAACUUUUUAGUCUAAAUCUCAGAUCAAACAGCAUGUGAUUUUUUUGCCUAAGCCCAGCUGUGAAAUUAAUAAUAAUGGGAUACACACAAGACGGAGAGUCUGGUACUGAUGUGGAGAAAUGUUACAGUACUGGUGGUGAAGAUGAUGAUGAUGAUGAUGAUGAGUACUAUCCUAAUCAGUCUCCUCCAGAUGGUGGUUGGGGUUGGUUAGUUGUUAUUGCUUCCUUUAUCUGCAAUAUGAUUGUUGAUGGAGUCUGCUUUUCAUUUGGCAUUGUUAGCCCAGAAUUUCAAAAAACCUUUGGUGUCAACCAUGAAAAAGUUGGAUGGGUUGGCUCUUCACUUGCUGGCUGUUACCUUCUUGUUGGUCCUUUUGUGGCAGCACUUUGUGGUCGCUAUGGGUGUCGUAAGGUCACUAUUGCAGGCAGCAUUAUCACCAUGUUUGGCUUUGCUGUCAGUACACAAUCAAGCAGUAUUGAAAUGCUAAUAGUUACUUAUGGUGUUAUAGGCGGGAUUGGUUUUGGAAUGAUAUACCUUCCCUCCAUUGUUUGUGUUGGCUACUGGUUUGAAAAAAAAAGAGCUUUUGCCACUGGUAUAGUUGUAUGUGGUACAGGCAUUGGUCAAUUUGUCAUGCCACCACUUGCACGCUACUUGCUCACAGAAUAUACUUGGGAAGGACAGAAUUUGAUUUUUGCUGGUAUUGUGCUUAAGUGUGCAGCCUGUGGAAUGUUGUUCAUACCAUUAAACCUUAAACAAUAUAAUGCCAAAAGAGCUCGACAAGCCAGAGUGGAAAUUGAAAGAGGUGCUAUUAUGAAAGCUUUAAUAGAAGACAAAAAAAGACAGAGAACUAUUUCGAAUGGUUCUCUGGACAACUGCAUUAUAACAAAAGACAACCGACUUAUUAAACUUGAUCCUAAAAUAUUGGAACUUAAAAGAAACAAUUCCUUUAUUGCUAAGUUUAAAAGACAGCUAGGAUUUAGUUCUCAAAGUUUGGCUUGUUCCAAAAAUAGUCUUGCCAGCUAUGUAAUAGAUGCUGUCAACAAAAAUAAUUCACCAAUUUAUUGCCCAAAUGGUGUAAGUGUUUGUCAUCUUUCUCAAUCACAGCAAGCACUGAAACGUGGUUCACUGCCAGAUGGGGUUAUCCAAUGCAAUGGCUCAUCCUUAUCUGUUGUCACUAAUGGCUUGACAAAUACUAAUGCUGCCUUUCUUGCUAAUGGUGUCUCAAAGACACGCAGUUGCAAUGUCCUUCCUAAACCACAAGAUGUGAUGGAGAUUAAUAUUCAACAAAUCAGUAGUGGAGAUUUGUCACAAGAAACACAGUCUGUCAGUGAUGUCCAGUCAGAAUCCAUUGGAGGCAUCAUUGUUAUUCCCAGUGGAAAUCAUGACAGUAAAAGUAUUAGGUAUAGAUCCAACAGUUCAAUGACAAGCAGUUUAAGAAGUCAGCUUUCUAUUCAAAAUGCCUCCUACUUAACAAAUAGUAUGUUAAGCAUACCUCAGAUCCAGGCCAGUAUUGAGAAGAUGGAGAAAGAGAUGAACAGAAAGUCAUCCAUUAUCUGGAAAUUCUGGUUCAUUUUGUGUGAGAUGCUUGACCUUAAACUUUUGUUUAACCCCAUAUUUGCAUUAUUAGCUGCAUCUACCUUCUUGACUUUAUUAGCAUUUUACAUCCCCUACUUUCACAUCCCAGAAAAAGGGGCAGAAUUAGGCAUGUCACAAGAAAGAGCUUCAUUCUUGAUAUCAAUCAUUGGUAUAACAAAUACCAUUGGCAGAAUAGUGUGUGGCUGGUUGGCUGACAGACCUUAUAUCAGUCCUUUGCAUAUGAACAAUGCGGCUUUAUUAAUUGCUGGAAUUACUGUCCUUUUAUGCCCCUUAGCUACAGGGGAAGUAUUUCUAGCAGUUCUUGCAGCUUGUUUGGGUGUGUGCUUAGCUGUUUUUGUUUCACUGCGCACUAUAUUAUUGGUUGACUUGCUUGGUUUGGAAAUGCUAACCAAGUCAUUUGGUCUCCUGAUUUUAUUUCAAGGAGUAGCUGCAUUUAUUGGUGCUCCGAUAGCUGGUAAAGUUUUUGACUCAACCAAAAGCAUUGACAACUGUUUUUACCUAGCUGGUUCACUCACCAUAUUAUCUGGUCUGCUCAUGAUUCCUAUUAUUUUUCUGCAAAAGAAAAGUGUAGGCCAGCUUCAAAUGGAUACAUCCCAUUUGACGGAACCCUUAAAACUGGAUAAGACAAAAGUUUAGUUUCUUUGUGUUCUUUGAAGUCUUAACAUUUACUGCAUGUUUAUUUUUGGUCAACACUAAUGAGGAAAUAUACUCAUCUUAUUUCAUCACAUUUAUAAGUAGGCUAAAUAAAAGAGGAAAGCAACAAUGUAAGCUCUGUUGGCUACAUUCAUGGUUUUAUAUUUGGCUUGAACUUUCUUUUCAUGUGAACAAUAUUGAAUUUGUCACAUUGUCUAUAGAUUAAAAAAUUACUAUUUCAAGCAUCUUUUUUUCUAUGGUCUCCAUGAUGGAAUGGCAAAGCCAUUAUUUUAGCAUAGCCUUCUUUUAGAAAAAAAAACAACACAAAACUAGAAUAGUGAAAGAAAAGCUAUAAUUUAUACAGAAUAACAGAGAUUUUCUGUUAACAUCACAACUUAAUAAGCUGUGACUUGCUAGUUUGUUUUUUGUUGUUUAUUGAUAAAAGCUUUCCCAUUUUAAUGUUCAGUGAUAUUGCACAACACUUUCAUCAGUGUUUUACCUUUGAAGAAGAUUUUGUCUAAGCGAUCAAUGAGUUCUAUUUUGUAUUCUCUAUUUCUGUUGUCCAUAUCUCACAGUUCCUUGUGAAGUAGGGCCAUAGUUUGUUUUCCAUCUUGUAUCUAGCACAUUGGUCAUGUAUCCAAUGCUUGUCUGAUGUGCAGUAAAAAUAUACAGACUUGUGCCAUAGUCUCUUAUGGUUUGGAAGGAAAGGCCAAAUAAUUUGUUACUCUACAACAGUGGUACUGGUACCCACUCUUGUUCAGCCUUAGGCCAUAUGACUGUCUAACAUGCACAUCCAUUGCCACAAUAACAUUGUUGAUUUCAAUGGAACUGAGCCUCAGCUGUUUCAUUGAAAACAGAAAUAUUGAAGGGGCUGUGUGUUUGGCACCUACAAUAAAUGUGCUUUCUAUUUUGUACAUAUACCAUUUGCUGCUCUGUAAAAAACAAAAAAAGUCAUAGAUUGUUGGAGAACUAUUCAGGUUUUACAUUACCAUUACAUGUAUUCGUCUAAAUGGCUGUGUUAAAAUGCUACAUGCAAUGGUUUUUUAAAUUGUUUUUGUAAUAUUUGUUCAUUAAUAAAUAUAUUUUAAUUUGCAUUUUAUGUUGUGAAAGAACUUUUUUUUUUUAUAUUUGUGCCUGCUUUAUCAUUCAGUCUCUCCUGUAUUUUUUUCAACAUUGGAUUCAAAAGAAUGAGUUAAAGGAAAAUAACACAUUUAUUUUCUGACAUUUUCAUUGUUUCAAUCUUAAAACUUGAAGAUAGAAUUAGUACCGAUAAUAAAUAAAUAUUUUCUAUUUAUUUUUUUUAGUCAUAGUAACUUUUGUUAGGCCCUUAAAGUUGUAUUAGAUUGUAUUUUUUUUGCCACAUUCAGAUCCUUAUCAUAUUUCAUUUUGAAAUACAUCUUGUAAUAUUACUUUUCCCAAGUCUGUUUUUUUAAGAAAACAAAAGCUAUUAUAUUGCUUUGAAUUAUUCUAAGUCUAAUUUUGUUGUUUUUUUUAUCAUCAUAUCAUAUUUGAAAAGAUGAUUAUAGCUUUGUCUGCUGAUGUUUUGUUUUGCUAAUAGUGACCAUUCUCUAUGAUACAAAAUAGGUAAAAAAAAAAAAUAUGUAAGAAACAAAUCCUCUCAAUGAAGAACACAGCAAUUAUGUAACAUUACAUUUCAUUGGUUAGUCCAUCUGCUACUAAACACACAUUUCUUUGAAAGUUAUUUUUCACAAAUCCUGAUACUAAAUUUUCAAACAGAUGUCAUUCUUGUCACUGAAUAUUUCUUCUAGCAUGUAUUGGAUUCAAGCUGUUGAAAAAGGGUCAGUUGGAGGCUAGCAAAAAAAAUAAAAUAAUUGAGUCUAUCAAAUGAUAGUUAUAGUUGACUUGAUAUCAUUUCUAUAUGAAAAACAAAAACUUUUAGCUGGCCAUUCAAAAAUAAAAUCUUAUCAAUUCCUCAACAAAUUGAUAAGAGGUAAUGAGCUAUAUUAGGAAUUGAAAUAACUGCUGACUUUAGGGGGGUGAGGGCUGCAUCAUUGAAUUAUAAAAUUGAAACACAUUUUAACACUAAUCUUGCUAAUUUAGAAUAGAGGAACUACAAAAAUUACUAGCAUCGAUGAUAUUCAAACACAGACUUGACAAAAAUCACAGGGGGGAAAAGUAUUGUUAAAUGACUGGUCUAUAUAAAGAACCCUUAAACAAGUGUGGCAUUAAGAUAUCUCAGUAACGUUUUUAUUCCAAUUUACUCUAUAUAAUCUAGUCCUGUAGCAAGAGGAGCAACUUUUUUUGUUGCUGGUUUAAAUCUAGAAUUUAUUUUGUCCCAAAAUACAGCCUUGAAUUACACAAAAAAUUUGGUACCCCUUUUGAGAAUUUUAGGUAAUUCAAUUUUUCCGUUACGUAAAUAAAUGGUGACUCAACUUAGUAACUUAUGUUCAACAGAGUUAAAUAGUAACAGAACUGGUUUUGGACAUAAGUUCACCACUAACUUCAUUUAUUUAUUUAGAUAAAACGUGAAUAUAACUGGCAAGGAGAGCUAACUGCCUCAUGCCUGGCUCUGGGUCUUGAAUAGUGAGUCUACAUGUUCUCCUUAAAUCCUGUGCGGUUCAAUGUUUCUAGACACUGGCAUGCUAAUUGAACAAGACUGUUGUUCAGUUUCUUAUUAACAUGUAUUAUUAUGCAACUAUAGUUUUAUUAAAUCAUUAUUUUUCCCUCUAUCUCGCCCUGCUUUCCCUACCCCUUCCUCUGUAUGUAUUUAUGUAUGUAUUAGAGGUGCACUGGAUAGUACCUCCGGCUAAAAAGUACACCAUUGUACCUACAUUUCUAUAAAUAUUAUAUUGCAGGUGGUUCCAUUCAUGUCUGUUAUGUUUGUAUUUUUUCAAAAUAUGUGUUUGAACUAUAUGAAUAUGCACCAAACAUCUGUAAUUACAAAGACAAGGCGUUUGAAUUUUAAAUAGAAAUGAAAAUGUUCACUAUAAAUGUACAUACAUAGUAGUGAUGGCUGGCACAUUUGUUUUUCAAACUUUGUUUGUCUUGACCUUUGAGUAGGUUAGUUCCCAUGUUAUAGGGCCUUGUGUAGGUCACUUGGACAAGACACAGAGAGGAACAACUACCACUCUUUGAUUUGUUUACUCAUUGAAUUGAGUUCAUGGAUAGACUGUCGACCACAUUAAGUCUGAUGGAUGGACGUAGGCCUGAUCCAACAUGUGAAGUCACACCUUAUGAGGGAACUGAGUUUUACAAUUCUUAAGCCAUACCUCUACACUGGUAACCGGGUAAUGAGUAUGCUUACUAGGAGAUAAUCUUAAUAAGGGGGCUGAUUAAGCCAAACCUUGGGUACCUAGUUUGCUAAUAGAGAUGUCACCGAGGAGGCUGCACAAGUGCCUAAACAAGUAUUAGAGAACGACGAAUAAAUGGGCCCAGUAACUCAUUUGAAUGUAGAUAAAAGUAUGUCGCUCAGAUUGGAGUACCGUAUUAGCACCUACUCUUGGUUUAGUCUAUGGUAGUGACCAUUUUAAAGCCUGAAUGGAUUAACACAACUUGCUAAGACAGCAUAUUGACACUGUCAAACGUUUCCAAACGUGUUAAGCUCGAAUCUUACCCUUGCCUUGAGUGUCUUGAUUUGAUUCUUAAUAUUUGGGGAGUAACUCCUCGGUAUUACUUACGAUAUGUACUUAACCACUAUCAAUAGGAGGACCAGGCCCUAGACUCCAGUACCAGAAGCGGUUGGUGGCCUUUAAAACACGAGCAUUUUGAUGAACUGAACUACAUGAUACACACUCUACAACCCAGAUUACAUAGGAGAGCUUAACAUUAGUAUAUACAUGUGCAUUUUUCUACAUGGACAAACAAGUUUCUCAGAUUAGUUUGUAGUAUUUGUUAAUAAAUGCUGAUCAACUUUAAUUCAUCAUUGAGUUUGGUGCUUCUGUAGCUAUUGGUUUGUCUAUAGGCUCCUAAUAGAGUUCAAAACAAUAAGGUGAACAAUUACAACCCUAACGUACUGGUAUGCUAUUUAGAAGUGCUAAAUGUUCAGUAUAUAGCCAGACAUGGAGGGACGGUAUCCGGCUUGGAUCGGAUAUCAAAAAGUGCUAUUUGGUGCACCUCUAAUAUAUAUAUAUUUAAGGUAUUAGUAUAUCGGUAUAUUAAUAUAUUGUAUGUUUCAUGACGAUUUUGAAUGAAGACAAAUGGCAUUGGUCCGUGAUGUAAAAUGAUUUGAUUGAUAUCAAAAUUGCCCUUUAAAAAAAUUUUGGAUGAAAACAAUCCAUAGUGAAUUAACAAAUCUUUCCAAUUUAACGUAUAAAUGUACAUGGCUAUCUAAUUUAGAAUGUAUGAAAUUAACUCAAUCGCCCUUAGCUCCCGAUUAGGUAGGAGGUUAUCUUUACCAGUUGCCACUGUCAACAUACAUUUGUUAUCGUUUGUACAUAGCAAAACAUCAUUACUACUUGAUUCAUGAUGACAUUUUUCACCUUGUCUUGAAAUCUUAAUAAAGCAUUUGUUUCAUUACAUAAAGACAUGUAUUAACACUAAGAUUUGUAAUUAGUUGUAGAAAUGUUUGUGUGCCUAUGUUAGAAGGACCGAGCUGAAAGUUUUUGUUGUAUUUUGCAUUUGAAGAUCAUUUAUAACUAUCUUGCCUUUUUUUUUUCAAUUACUAUUGUCCUUAUAAAGAGCGUGACUGGCAAGUCCUCUUUAAGAAGCAAUAAACUUUCCAUUCUCUGUAA